UUGGCGUACCGCGUUUCCCGUGGCGGGCUGACGCUGGAGAAGAUUCCGCAGCCGUUAGUCGAACGCUCGCCGUCCGUCGCUCUGGCCUUCACUUACCUCGGUGACGCGGUUUGGGAGCUCUACGCUCGACAACACAUGAUUCUAAAGCGCGUCACGUCGAGCGAGAGCGCGUCGACGUCGGGAAGGGCCAUCAGGCCUCAAGACGGCGUCUCCAAGGGCUGGUGCAGCGCCAAAGCCAUGCACGCACACCUGAAUAGGCUUCUUGAACAGGAUUUAUUGACAGAUCAAGAGCUCGCGGUGUUGAAAUGGGGAAGAGAUUUCGGACACGAGUCGCGGUCGGGACAUAAAGGGGAUGUGCACAGGGACGCAAGCGCUUUGGAGGCGCUUGUGGCGUACCUGUAUUUAUUCGAGAGCGAUAGGUUGCACGAAGUAUUAGAGCUGUGCGGCAUGACCUUUUGCGGGAAGCCUCUGAACGGGCUCGUGGGAAUCGCGGACGCAACGCUCGAGACGAUGGACGCCCUGAAUUUCGACGUUGAGGCGGUUUGA